GAAUCCCCCACCUCGGUUGAUCGCUCACUCACUGAGACUGUAAGGAAACAAAACAUGGCGCCGAUAAGAAAUAUGCGAAGCAAUGUUUAUGGGCUAGUUGUAUUGAAACCCAUCACAUUUAUGGUUUUGGCAUUAGGUCUAUUUAUCAACGAUGCACAUGCGAAAAAUAUGCCACCACUUUCAACAAUACAAAAUUGGGUAUCGUCAAUCGAUACAAAUUUGCAAAGUUUGCCUCAUGUGCAACCUAUUUUGAAAAUGAGAUAUAUGCAAAAUGACAGUAACCAGAAUAUAAAGCGAAGCUAUUUACCUAUUAAUGGUACAGAACUUGUCAUCACAAUGUCAAAGUCAUUAUCUGAAAUGAUGCUUAAAAAAAUGGAUGCAUUAUGGAAAUUAGUAAGUGCUGCAGAAUCAGCUGCAGCAGCAUACCAGUGGAACAAAAAUUUAGUGAAAGAGUCAGUGAAUUAUGUCAGCAGCAAAGAUAGCCACCAAAACUUAACAUUGACAUAUGUGGAGAGAUUUAAGAAAGAAGUCAAUUUUAAUACAUCUUCUGUUCACAUUCCUGUAGAAAUAUAUGAUGGAGAUAUUGAGAUACUCAAUGGGCUUAACUGGUCAGCUGCACUGGAUGAGCAAUUUGCCAAAAAUUAUAAUAAUGAUUCUGACAUUCUCUGGCAAUAUUUUGGUUCUCAUACUGGCUUUAUGAGAAGUUUUCCAGCUGCCACUUGGCCGCAGACACCUCCAGUGGAUCUUUAUGAUGUUCGCAGACAGUCUUGGUACACCCAAGGUUCAAGUUCACCUAAGGACAUGAUGAUUUUGAUUGACAAGAGUGGAAGUACACAUGGCCAGUCUUUGCAGCUAAUGAAAAAUGCAGUCAAAUCUAUUCUGGACACACUAGGAGAAAAUGAUUUUGUCAAUAUUAUAGCAUUUGGAGAGAAACCUGAGUUUGUCAGUACAUGUUUUAAUCAUACAGCAUUUGUGCAAGCCAACUUCAGAAAUAAAAAGCGCCUUGAAAAGGAUGUAGACCUAAUUAAAGCAUCAGGCCAAGCUGACUUUAGCAAAGCCAUUCAAUUUGCUUUUGAAAAGUUUCAAGAGUUCAACAAUGCUACAGAUCCAUCUUUGAAUAUUGGUGCAAAUUGUAACAAAGUUAUUAUGUUGUUAACUGAUGGGGGCACAGACACUGCUGAAAGUGUAUUUGAAAAAUAUAACUGGCCUGAAAAAUCUGUUAGAGUUUUUACUUAUGCAGUUGGUCCAACACCUAAUCCUGUUCAUGCUAUAAGGUGGAUGGCUUGUGCUAAUAGAGGUUUCUUCUCACAGAUUCCAGCAAUGGGUGCCAUCAGAGCUAAAGUACAGGCAUAUACAAAAAACUUAACCAAGACUAUGCAACUCUCUGGAGCACAACAUAUUUUAUGGGAAGGGACAGUUGAUCCCAGGGAAUAUAUCCCAGUCCUCAGCCGGCCGCAGGUCAUCCAGAACAAGAAGACUUUUGAGUGGGGCAACAUUUAUGAAGACUAUAUGGGGCUAGGCCUGAUGACUACAGUGACAUUGCCAGUAUACAACAGAAGUCUGGGAUCUUCCAAUCAAACCAUUCUUGGUGUUAUGGGAAUUGAUGUCACCACCUCAAAACUAGAAGCUAUGACACCGUUUGAUAAAAUUGGUCCCAAUGGCUACUCAUUUGCUAUCAAUCCUAAUGGCUAUGUUGUUUUUCAUCCAAACCUUCUUCCAACGGGCAAGUCAGUGAAAGAACCACCCAACAUAGACAUGCUUGAGUUAGAGAUUGAUGAAGAUAAUCCUGAGCUAGCAGAUCUGAGGUCCAAAAUGAUAGAUAGUAAAACUGGCAACCAGACAACAAAGACUCUCUUUCUUUCUCCAGAUCAGCGCUAUGUGACAUUUGAUACUGCCACUUAUUGGUACACAGAUAUUAGCAACACAUCUUUCAGGUUGGCUAUUACAGUUCCUAAAUAUCAAACAAAAUGGCAAAAUUUUUCAGCAGAUUUCAAAAAAAUUAAUUUAUCAAAUAUAAAUACAGAUCACUUUGCUGUUUUAGUUGCCCCCUGGAAUUAUCAUAAAAACCUGACCAAACAAAAGAACCUGUCACUUGCUGAUGUGAAGAACCUUCUGGCUAAGGAUCCCAAUCCAGAAAACUGGAAUCUCAACUUGCUGUAUCAUCUGGCCUGGGAUGAAAGUAUCCUUGGAGACUCAAGCAUUCAAGAUUUUCUUCUUAAAUUUUACAAUAACACUAAUACAACAGAUCUGAAGGAAGAAAAAAAUGGAGUAUUUAUAAUGACCAAUGGAGGAAUUACCUUAGUCAGUCCCAAGAGCAAAGCAAAGUACUUUGAAGGUGACCAUGAUCCUAGGAACUCAUCUAUCUAUAAAAGAGCUCAACAUUAUGACAAAUGUAUUUUUAUGGCUGAUUAUAUUGAAGGUCCCAGGAGUAAUACAUCUGCAGAGCCUGACAUUACCAUGGCAUGUGCUGUAGUCUAUCUAGAAAAGGAUAAUAUAGUAGAUAAACCUGCAGUUGUUGGAGAAUGGAUCAGUCAUAGUGUAAUCAUAGAUCUGGUGAAGAAUGCCAGCAAGAUUGAGCCCAAUUUCCUCACUUGUAGUGAUACUACUGAACUUCAUUGUUACCUAGUUGAUGAAGGAGGAUUCCUUGUUGCAAGUAAUGCAGACAAUGCACUUGAAAAUAUUGGAAGAUUUUUUGGUGAAGUGGAGCCAGCAAUUUUCAUGCGAUUGGAUGGAGAUCUUUUUAACAAAGCCAAGCAGUAUGAUUUCCAAGCUCUGUGUUCUCCAGAGACAGACACAGCUAGUGCUGCUUUUAGAGGAUUCACUAUUCCCACAAUGAGUAUGUUCUUUGAAGUGCUGAAUGUUGGCUGGUGGACAAGUAAGGUAACUUGGGCAUAUUCAAGUUUCAAUUUCUUCAGCUGGUUGUUUUCUCCCACUAUAGAAGUAUUAGCUGAUUCAGAUGAAGAAAAUAAAGAAGAAGAGUGUGUGAAACAAAUACAACAAUAUUACAUCAAAGAUGAAAGUAGACCAGAAAGUGAUUGGAAAGUGGAGUGUUUCAAUUAUACAAGAAUUUUUAAAGUAUUCAAGUUAAGCCACAGCAAUUUGCUAUUUAUUGUGGCGGAACCAGUCGGAGAAACUGAGCGCUGUGAGGAUUCACUCAUCUAUCAGAAACCAAGCAGAGUUUCUGAAGAUGAUGAAGAAACUAUUGUAUGUAGCAUGGCACAAAAUCCACGUAAAAGAUUACGUCCUUAUCAGUGCUAUCAUCAUGAUCCAAGGGAGGAUGACUCUCAAUGUGGCUGUGUGAAUAUCAAGGCAUCAGUCAUGUCUGUAAUGAUAGCAGUAGUAGUGGUGAUGUGGCAGUGGACUACACAGCCUAGAAUAGAAAUCCUUUGCUGGCUUAGUACAUGCUGAGGCUGCUCUCAUGUGACAAAAACUUUAUAACAGCCAUUUUCUUCCUUUUUAUUUAGGCCUACAUUAACUAUUUUAUUAACCAUUGGAAUCUUUGUGCAGACUGUGUUGUUUAAGGAAGCACUUUUUUUAAAUUAAUUUCUUUGCGUUAUCUUCCUAAUAUAUAUAUAUUUAUAUAUACACUAUGUAUAUAUAUAUAUAUAUAUAUAUAUAUAUAUAUAUAUAUAUAUAUAUAUAUAUAUAUAUAUAUAUAUAUAUAUAUAUAUAUAUAUAUAUAUAUAUAUAUAUAUAUAUAUAUUGUUAUGACCUGGGAGUGACCUGGAAGUGAUCUAAAGAAAAUAACUAAUUCUCAGGUUGCUGGUAUCUCACUGAUUGCAGAAGCACAAUCCAACUAUAAUGAGUCAAUAUUCCCAGUAAAAGAAAUAAUUUCACAAUACUCCAAUUCAAAUUUACAUUUCCCGAUUCACUAACACAAAUUAAAGAAAACAAUCCUCAGUCAAGAAAUCAAAAUCAUAACUAAAGUUCCUUAGCACAUUAACACACUAGCUCAGGUCAUUUACUCCCGACAGCACAACAAAAAUCACCCUACUUUGCAUGUGCAAAAAAUGGUAAGUCGGGGGUAACAGGUUUACAGCACUGCCCCCCUCCCUAUGUCUGUUCAUCCUGAACAGACUUAGUCUUCUCAAAAUACCAGUGCAAUCAAUCCAUGUGCACAACCUCAUCCUGGAGCAGCAAAUCAGUCUGGCCGAGCCCAUUUUUACUGUCUGGCAUGAUGUCCUUAAACUCCAGCAACAUUUGCCCAGCCACUGCAUUCCUCCUCAGAUUCUCACCUACAGCAUCCAAUCAACCCAAGAAUCACAUGAUGAGACACUAGCUACAGGAACCACCACAUCACACGUUACAAUAAGAUCCACUGGACAACAGGUGGCGAUAACAUUAUUCUUCUGUAGGUAGCAAGCCGGAAUGUCAAGAUUCAUAACCUGAACAGGUACCCUCUGGUCGUUUCUGUUUACAACCAGUAUUCUCCCAACAGGCAGUCUUCUGCAUAUUUCCUUUAACUGCUCUAUGAGGCUUUUGAUAAACAAAGGAUCAUUAUCUUCUAUUGUGUCACAUAUAAUGGCUUCAGACUGUGCGAGUAUGCUGGUAUCUUCCGUUAUCAAGACCCUCUUUUAUCUGUUCUCCUAUGUCGUUCUCCAGCAACAGAAUAUUGAGAUUUCUAUAUUGCACUUUGCCACUUCCAAUGUUCAAGGAGAAUCCAAACAACUGCAUGAAGUCUAGUCCCAGAAUACACUCAUCCAUCAUAUUGGCCACAGAGAAUUCAUGACUUAAAGGUUGAUUGGCUAUCUCAGUCUUUACAGUAGUCUGUCCUAAAAUUGGCAAAAGUUCUCCACUAGCUGUUUUUAUAGAAUACCGUAAGCCACUUAUUUCAUGAAUAACUUUAUUUAUAACACUAGAAUGAAUUAUUGAUCUUGAUGUACCAGUAUCUAAUAGAAUUUUGUAACGAAAUCCUAUUUUCCCUUGUACUCUCAGACUUCUAUUUUUUCCUAGCUUAGCCACUGGAAUGAUAAGCCUAGGGCUUGCUGUGAAUCUCUCUGCAUGUCUCCGCCCCAUGAGACCGACAGAAUUCAGUUUUCUUGGUUCAGAGAUUGGAUGGUGGCCUGGUGAUCCCCAAUCCAUCUCUCCUUCUUGGUUGGCCUGCAAAUCCAUGAGUACUAUUUCUCUGUAUGUGACCAGGAGUAUUGCAAUUCCAGCAGCAAACGACUGUUCUGUUUUGUUUGGGCUUUUCUGAGACUGUCGGUCAUCUAUAGUUUCAACUACUUGUCUGAUAAUAUACGUGAGGUCCCCCUCCUGAACAUUAAGCCUCAACUGAAAUGGUUUGUUUUUUAUGUGUCCUUAGCUGCCUCAGAAGAUAAGGCAUAUAUCAAAGCAUCGCUUGCCUCUCUUUUUCCACUUAAUCUAAUAGCCUUCUCAAUUCACGCUCACAAACACCAUCAAUAAACGCAUCCAUUAUAAGAACGCUCAAGAUUUCCUGGGUCAGGUAAGCCAGGCGUGCCAGUUGUUCGAUAUCUGCCACCAACUCCUGUAGUGUCUCUCCUGGUUUUUUGCUGCAGUCUUCAAUUGCACUCUAAAAACCUCCUUCAUGUGUUAGUCCCCAAAUCGCAAUUCCUUUGUUCUAACAAUGGCCUCGUAAUCUUGCUGGUUGUUUACUAUCUGUAGCAAACGAGCCUUUCCUCGUAACACCUCGUAGCAUUAAUUCAGUUGCUUUUUCAUUGUUCGUACUUCAGUUGUUCAUUUCAGAAGCAGCCUCAAAUUCUCUUUAUAGACUGUCUAUGAAACUGUACCAUCAAAAAUAGGUGGCUUGACUUUCUCAAUUGCUUUGCUCAAUCCUGAAUCAUCGUUAAGGUCUUUAAUCUUUUGCUCCAUCUCUACUGUAAGCUGUGACUUUACUGCAGUGAUUUCAUCCCUUAAUUUCUGAAUUCUUAUGCCUGUCGCUAUUGCUUACAUUGACCAUAGAAGUUCCUCUUUUAUUUCACUCAACAUUCUGCCAAGAUCAGCCUUCAUUUCAAACUUGUGUCUGAGUCAAACCUGUCUUCUUUCAAGGCAUCUUUCAGACGGCUACUGAGGACUUCUUUGUUUCCUGAUGCUAUGAUGUCUUGCCUCUUUAACUCCUUUACGGAUUUUGUUAAUCUGGAGCUCAUGUAGGUGUUUAGAAGUAGACGUGUUGGUAAAUAGUCUUUGACACCAAUUGUUAGGACGUGGGAGUGAUCUAAAGAAAAUAACUGAUUCUCAGGUUGCUGGUAUCUCUCUGAUUGAAGAAGCACAAUCCAACUAUAAAGAGUCAAUACUCCCAGUAAAAAGAAAUAAUUUCACAAUACUCCAAUACAAAUUUACACUGCCCAAUUUACUAACACAAAUUAAAGAAAACAAUCCUCAGUCAAGAAAUCAAAAUCAUAACUAAAGUUCCUUAACACAUUAACUCACUAGCUCAGGCUAUUUACUCCUGACAGCAUAACAAAAAUCACCCUACUUUGCACGAGGAAAAAUGGUCAGUCAGGGGGGAACAGGUAUUUAUCAAAAUAUAUAAAGAUGAUCCAUAGUAAGUGUGAACAUUAUGAUGUUUUGUUAUACAUAUUAUCUUUAAGUAAUUUCAAUUACGGUUGGAAUUGAAGAAUGUAAUUAUGUAAAAAGUAAAUAAUUUUUACAUCAGAUUAGAUAUUUGUAGUAGGUUGAAAGAAAAAUUCGAAUGAAUCAUUGCUAUUGAAAUUUGUGUGUGUGUAUUUUUUAAUCUUUUUUCUUUAUCCUAUCUAUAUAUUGUUGAUACGUUGAAUGAUUGAAUGGCACUACUUUUAGUGAAUGCUAUUUAAAAGAAGCCAGACUUUUAUUUGAAUGAUCUGAACAUUUAUGGAAACAGAACUGAAAAUGCCAAUGUUUAAACAGGAUAACAAUGGUGUUAGAAAUAUUUUUUAAAAUUCUGUAUUUGCACCUAUUUGUUAAUAUUUUAGGUUAAAGUUUUGUUUAAGUGUAUUCAAGGAUUGCUGCCUGGUCACUUUGGACCCUCAUCAUGAUGGUCCUGUGUUCGAACCCUUUCUGCCACAAUUCUGCUGGAUGUUUAGGCUGAGCUGUAACAUCCAAAACAAAUACUAAUUGUGUACACAAUGACAGUGGGUCAUUUUAUCUGCCUUUUGAGUUUCUAUAUUUUCUAGAAAUUUUUUCUUUCAAUUUGUAUGUCUACAUUUUUUAGUUGUUUUUUUAUUUUUUUCAUUUCAAUGCCAAUUCUAGUCAAUGUAGUUUUGAAAAAUGUCUAAUCCAUUAGCUCCUUAUACAAUACAGUAUUUUACAACAGACUCUUCAUGUAGUCAAAAGUUAUUUGCAUUUAUUUUAGACUUUGUGUAAGAAGAGCUCUUCCUUUCUCACACAAUACAUGAAGAUAAACUUAGCAACAAAAAUACAAAACAUCCCCAUAACUCAAUUUGAAGCCAAAAAAAGUAAGAUGGUUGCCUGGUCAGGCAUGCAUGCGCUAUGGACUGACGAUUUGGUGGUCUCGAAGGUCCAGGGUUUGAACUCUGCCCACUGCCACCCUGAGAUGAAUGCUGGGAAAAUUUUAGAUGGGGAGAAAAAGUGUUUAGCUAGAAACUGUAGAUUGAACAAAAUAAAACGGGUACUUCUUAACUAAAUUGUCUCAAAGUAUACAUUCAAAUGUCACUACUGCAUUAGUUGAUACAGUUUGUAAUUGAUAUUUAUUUAUGAGAGUUCCUAUUAAUGAAAUAUAUUUAAAAAGUUAAUAUAUUCUUAAAUGAGUUAAAACAAAAAGCAUAAAAUAAAUUGAUUCCAUUUAGUAUUCCUUUUGUUAGAUUAUGUAAAGAUUUCAUUCAAGUGUUUCUGGUUAUGUAAGAUUUGGCUCACAUUCUGUGGCCAUGAAGUUCAGCUGUGAUUAUUUUGUGAUAAAGAGUGUACAUUUAUUUAUUUAAAUCCUUUUGUUUGCAGUUUGAUUUGCAAUAGUUUGUUUUGUUAACCCUGGUUGACAUGUGCAAUGCAGUCAGUAUACUUUUUACAAUGCUUAUAUUAACCUGCUCUCUAUAUUUCUUGGAUGAUAAGAUUUUGGCAAUUGAUUUUUGACAUCUACUCAUCCAAUUGUCAUCAAAUUUUGCAUGGAAGCUCAUGAUCAAUGACAACACAUGAUCAAUUAAUAGAACAACCAAUUAGUUAAUCAAUUAGUGGUAAUUAAUUAAUUUUGUUUUUAUAUAGAAUACCGAAUAUAGGAAUUUUUUAAAAUACAUUUUCGACCACUUCUACAUUCAAUAAUCAUCAAAUUUUGCAUACAAGCUUAUGGUCAAUGACAACACACGAAUCAGUAAAAAAAAAUCAACUAAUUAGUUGGUUGUGAAUUUCACUGAAACUCAUACUAAACACUCCUAAUGCUUAAAAAAAAUGUUUUAUUUUUUAGUGCGUUCAAUAUAAGCGUUUUUGUUUGUUUUUAUUUAAUUUUUAUUUUAUUAAAUAUUUAUUUUCUACGUUCAUAUAAACAACUUUUAUGGCUUGUGAUUCAAUCAAUUAUUUAUAUGAGCUGAAUCUAUUUUCUAGUUUUAUUCAACUAAAUUAGCCUGCAACAAGAUUGUCACUCCAAAUAUUCAAUUUUUUAAAAAAUAUAUAUCACUUUCUAAUGGUGAUUAGGCAAUUAUAAUAGGAACACUUUCUUUCACAACUUUUUUGUUACUGAAAUAUUCAAAAUAGUGGACUAAAAUUAUAAAUAAUAGAAAAUUCUUUGUAUGGUUUCUUAUACAUGCAUCUCCAAGCUGAAUACUUGAACUAUUUAUAUAUUUUACAAAUGUGGGUCAAGAGUUACUUACAUUUGUUCAAGUUAGUGAGUUGUACUAAUGUAGUGGCAAAAUGUAAUGAGAAAACAAAACUAUUUGCAGUCUACUACAUGCAGGUUAUACCUAUUCCUUCAUUUGGAAUGCCAGUGUUAAAGAUCAAUAGGACUUAUACAUUUUAUCGCUCAUUCUUUCCAGUUGCUAUGCACUGUUGAUAUAAUCAUUUUUUGUAAUGGCUACAUUUGUUUUUUGAUAGUUCACUGUAUAAGUUGUAUUUCUGUGAUGCUUAAGAAUUGUGGAAAUGAAAUAUAUAAAGUUUAAAAAAAAAUUGAUACAAAAAUAUAUAAAGUUUUUACGAAAAUUGAUACAAAGUGUUACUAUACUUAUAUUAGACCUUUCUUGUUUUAAAGCAUAGAACAGUCCUAUAUUGUGCUUCCCAUAAAGUUGAUCUACUUGAAUAUCCAAUGUUUGUCUGUAGUAAUGUAGAUUUAUGUUGUUAACUUUUUUUACAGUGUUUAAAUGUCAUAAUUUUUCUAAAGUAAAAUAACUUUACUAUUGUAAUAAAUUGACUACCGUAGGGAAAUAACCUGACUUGUGAAAUGACAAUUGAAAUGACUUGACUAUUGAAGUAACCAUACUAGUGAAAUGACUAUUGAAAUAAGCUUACUAUUGAAAUGACUUGGACUAUUGUAAUUUUUUUUUUUUUUGCAAUAUUUUUUUCAAGCAUGUUUGAAAUUAUAUGUUUGAACUUAUCUAAAACAAAUCAUCAUUCAUUGGAUCUAUUUUGUCAUUGCUCUACUUGAAAUUGCCCUAUCCAUUCACUAUUUGGUGCAUUAAUUAUUAUAGCAUUGUUUUAUAAAGUUUGUAUUUCUCUAUCACAUCGUAUUGAAAUGAUUGUGUAUGAGCCAAUGCAGUAGGUUGAGAAUAAUUAUUUUUCUUGUUCUUUAAUAGGUUCUCUUGUUUCUGACUUGACAAAAAGAUCCUAGUUAAAGGUGUUAAUGAACAUCACUAUUGCAACAAGUAGUACUGGUACAUCAUUCAUAUUUUAAGGAUCUGAAAAUGCAACUAUUUAACAGUUUUAGUUUUUUUCUGUAACUUAAAAUUCAUAGCAUCACCAACAGAAUUUUUUUUAUGAGCGCAUAAUUUGAACAGUCAAGGAAUAAUUUUAUUACACAACUAUAUAUUUUAAAUUAAAUGUUGAUAACUGAUAUGUCCUUUAAUUGCAUAUCAAAGCAUCUAAAUGUUCUAGAUUUAUAUUGAAAAGAAUACUGUUUAUAUUAUUUUAUGCAAAAUGUUUAAAAAGGAACAACAUGUGUAGUUGUUUUUUUUAAGGGAUCCUUGUCACUUUUCUCCAUAUUGAUAAGUAUACAGUUUUUAGAAUGCAGAUUAUUUCAACAUUUAGAACAGAUUCAACAUAAAAAAACAAUGGUAGGUAUAAAGAAGGCAAAUUAUUUCUUAUUAUGUAACCCUCAUUGCUGGUGGAUAAAACAUUGAAGAUCAAAUUCAUAACAAACAUACAUUCUGCAUUUUACUUAUUUUUUUAAAUUUAAAAUAAAUCUAUUGUUACUUUGAAGAUAGACAAACACUAUUUUUAGGAACCAUUAUUAGACAACUAGUGCCUUGAAAAAAAUGUUCAUUACUUUUGAUUGUUCUUGCAGAAUUGCAGCAAGUCAAUGAACUGUCUUGUGAUACAUAUAUAUAUGGUCAAACAGUGGUCAACUGAAGUUUUAUUGUAUACCUAGUAAAUUGUGCAUUUUUUUCUUUUUUAUUAGUACAGAAUGUUUCAUGAAUGAAUCACAUCAGUUUUUAAGAGUAUUUUUUUUUAACCAUUAAUAACAUUUUCAUUUUUUUCUUUAUGCAAUAAAAUCACUUAGCUACCUACAUCCUUAAAAUAAUACAGUUGCUUUGUAGAAUCUUAAACAACUGUCAUGUGGAUUGUUAUCCUUAACCUCAGAUCUUUUAGGUAUGGUAGAUGAAUAUGAAUCCUCAGAAAUCUGUUACAGCUUACACUUAAGCAAAUAUUUUGGAAUAACAAGUUCUGUUGUUGUUGUUAUGUCUUAUCAAUGAAUGUUUGUUAAUUAUGGGAAAAAAAAAAAGACUUUUUUUUCUUUUCUACAUUGAAAUCAACUUUGAGCAACAAAUUUCUGAACAAAUAUUUCUUAGCCUCAUGGGUCAUUAAAGUUUAAUUACCAUCUGAUGUUCUAAAUACAAUACCUUUCCUAUCCACUAAGAUAAACUUGUUUAAUAAAGCCAAUUCUCCUGUAAAAUUGUAAAUAUGUUCUACUAACAUUGUUUUAUCAAAUAUUUGGUACCAGUACUAUAUUUUUAAAAAAUGCAAAUGAUUCUUUGGUUAGCUUUCAUUGCAUUGAAUCAUUUCAAAUACUAGGUAGUAACCAUAAUGAAAAUGUUUAUAAAAUAUGAAGUCCCUCAUUUUGAUUUUUUUUUGCAUUCCAAUCUGUGUGAUUUCCUUUUGCCAUUAGUGAGCUGAUAUCUAUGCUCAAGUAUUGUAUUAACUGCUUAUAUGAAAUUUUGUUCAUUAAUGUUUUCAUUCAACUUUUGAAUUCCAAAGAUUUUUGUUUGAUACAAUUAUCAUUCAAAAAUGUCAUUAAUGAAUUUUAUUCAUAUUUUAGUGUUAAAGUCAUAGCAUGUGUCUCCCACUAAAUGUAAUUCUUUUUCCCACUACACAUAAGAAUUAUGUCCACUCUGUCAUUUAUUUUUGUAAAUGUUGAUUCUGUUUGGCCUAUAAAAUAAAAUUUAUUUUAAGCACA